UUUUUAAAUCCAUUUAUGCGGGGUUUUUUUUUUAAGAGCCAGACUGUCUGUUGACGAACCUAAAUCUUGCUGUGCCAAACGUAAUAAGUUAACAAUGCCACUUAGCUAACGUUAGCAUCUAGCAAGCUAGCUAAAGUUGCUAACGUUACCUGGCGGUCUCACAGCGGCUGUUUUUUUCUAACAUUUCUAAACAUAAGCAGAUUCCAAAGAAAAUACGGAUGAAAGCCUCCCUCCCUGGAUUACUCUCCCUUUGCACUCAGAAUGACAGACAUUGCGGUGCCUGAGGAUGCCAGCAGGUGAGAGUGAAGACCGGGCAAAGACCCGGGAAAGAUUCAAUGAAGUGUUCAAGAAAUACACUGAAUCAGAGAAGAAAAAGUUGAAGAAGAAAAAUACUCAGGAGACCAUUGUGCUUCAGAAUCUAAAAAAGAAUCUCAACCUCGAGAAGGACACAGAAGAGGAUGAGACAAUCCUCCAGAACACAUAUCACCCUGAACAGGGCAGCCCUCGCUACACCAAGAACAAAAGGAGAGAAAGGGAAAUAGCUGAAAAGGUUAAUAUCAACAACAGUAGAAACCAAGAGGAGAUUCAAACAUCAAAAGCAAAGAGGAAAAGUAAGAGGGAGCUUCCCUCCCUCCCCUUACCCGAGGACACCACAGGUUACAUCCAGAAGGAUACAGAUGCCGCCAAGUCUGAGAUUGCUUUUGAGCCAGAUGAUAUUGGUGUUGGAAAGGAACCAAAGCGGAAAAGUAAGAAGGGGAAAAGCAAAGGAGAUACAGAGGCCAAAGCAGAAGGCCAGGUAGAAGAUGCUGAGGACAAGCUGCUGCAUGAAUACCAGCAGCAGAUUGCACAGGAGGAAGAGAGGUCUCCGAAGAAGACAAGGGUCAAGAAAGAAGAAGAAAGUGUUGUCUCCCAAAAUGUUACACUGAACAAUGAUGUUGGGAAGAAGAAAAAGAAGAAGCUAAAAUCUGUAGUCACAGAGUCAGACUUUGGGGAUCAGGUUGAAAGUGCAGACCAGGAUGCUGAUGUGGAAAACGAAACAGAAUCCAAGGGAAAGAAGAAAAAGAAGAAGAAAAAGCAUGUUGUCAAAGAAGAGAGUGAAACUGAGGCAGAAGUACCACAGAAACCAACAUUUGAUGACAGCCUUGUGCUGGGAGUGAAUGUUCACAGAACAGAUCGCCUCAAAACGGACCUACUUCUCUCACACCCAAUGGUGAAGAUCCAUGUUGUUGAUGAAAUCACUGGACAGUAUGUGAAGAAAGAAGACUGCCAUCGGCCAGUGUCCUCAUUUUAUGAGCAAGAGAAUGUUGACCACAUUCUCCCCAUCAUGACUCAACCUUUUGACUUCAGGAAAAACAAAUCAAUCAUCCCUGAGUGGCAGGAACAGAUCAUCUUCAAUGAACGCUUUGGUUACUUUGUCGAACAACUUGAGGAAAGUCCCAGGGUCAUACUUUUCUUUGAAAUCCUGGAAUUCAUAACCAUGGAAGAAGCAAAAGCCAACUUUGAUGUAGACAAACAUGAACGAGGAUUCAGGAAGAUUGCAUGGGCAUUCCUCAAGCUUGUUGGCACGAAUGGUGUGCUAAACAUUGACAGUAAACUCCGUCUCCAGCUCUUCUGUCCUCCACCUCGGUCAAAGAGACAACCUAAAUCAAUAGAGGUGGUCGAGUGGUGGAGGAAGUACCCACGACAAAAAUAUUCAUCCACGCUUUAUGUUACGGUGAAAGGCAUUAAACUCCCUGAGCAUGUGGACCCUAGUAUCCGGUCCAUGAUGGCACUGCAGGAGGAGAGAGGCAGCACCUCCUACAAUGAACUGCAGAACGAGGUCACCAAGAGAAGCCUGACACAGCCUCUAGACAGUAAGCCGCCAGUCUUGAGAUGGAGCAGGCUACCCGGUCAGGUCUGUCGGAUUCCUAACAAGCCCAUGCUGGCAUUUCGUGGUGGUCUGAUGGGCUGUUUCACAGUGCUCUUCUCUCAUGCUGGGACAAUACUGGCUGCUGCUUGUGCUGACAGAGAUGCUUUCCCUGUUGUAGUGUAUGAGAUUCCCUCUGGCAAGGUUUUGGCUGCCUUCAGUGGUCAUCUUAAAAUAGUCUAUGAUCUCUGCUGGUCCAGAGACGACCGCCGACUUUUGUCUGCCUCCUCUGAUGGAACAGUCAGAGAGUGGAAUGUGGAGAGGCUUCUGGGAACGGCUCAGAAGGUGCUCCCUCAUCCAUCCUUUGUGUACUGUGCUCAGUACCAUCCCACAGCCCAGAACCUGGUGGUGACUGGGGGCUACGACAGUCUGGUGCGAGUGUGGAGGCUUGAUGUUGACGAUGUGAAUGGCCAGCUGCUGCAGGAGUUUGAGGGUCACAACCGUUUCAUCAACACAGUUUGUUUUGACUCUGAAGGGAGGAGAAUGUUCUCUGCAGACAACACAGGCCUAAUCAUUGUGUGGAAAACUUCAGUAAAUGACAGCAGGCAGCAACAGCUAUGUCAUCGCUGGUGUACAGAGAAGAAAAUUGACGAGCAUGACCUCCGCGGUAUCCCAAUCAGCAUGCUGCAGCUCCACCCAAAUGGGCGGUGCCUACUCAUCCACGCAAAAGACAGUGUCCUGAGGAUGAUGGACUUAAGAAUUCUGGCAGUGAAGAAGUACACUGGAGCCACAAACUACAGAGAGAGGAUUUAUAGCACUUUCACACCAUGUGGGAACUUCAUCUUUUCUGGUAGUGAAGAUGGGAUGGCGUAUGUCUGGAAUACAGACACAGGUGACCAAGUUGCAGUGUAUUCUGAGCUUUGUUACCCCACUGCCCUCCACUGUGUGUCAUUCCACCCUCACGAGAACAUGGUAGCUUUCUGUGCCUUCGGUCAGAGCCAGCCUGUGCAUGUGUACCUGUACGACCGCAAAGUGUCCCAGCUUGAAGUGCACAAUAUAAAAGCAGCGAGCAGAUCAGCUUCUGCAGAUACCAAAACCGUCAGAAACACACCCGACCUCCAAGUGUUACAGGACAGAUCUGCUGCUUCAGCAAUGGAUCAGUUUGCUCAUGCGACAAGACUCGCACACAAAAUGCAGUGUGUUAAGGAACAACUGGAUUCAGUACUUGAACCAAAUCAAAGGUCUUCAGCUUCUGGAUACAUUUAUGAGCAAGACAAAACGGGCAUUACUCACACAGGGAGGAGCUUGACGUCAGAUGCUGGUGGGACGGGAUUAAAUACCUCAUUACCACCUCCGUCUCUCCUGUCGCCGCACUCCAAGCUGCAGCUCUCUGGUUCCUUGGCAGAGCAGCUUAUCCCCCAGGCAGCGCUGAGCAGCCAAAGUCGCAGGUCCAGUCCAGUUGGUCAGCGUCUAAAAGGAGUUUCAUCUUUCAGGCUGCAGACGAGCCUUCCUGACCACCUCUCUGCAGACGUUCAUGUGGAAACAGAUUCUGCCCCUGUUCAACAAGUAGUUGUCUCGCUUUAUGACUACAGAGCUAAUCGGUCUGAUGAACUGACCAUACGCCGCGGUGAUGUCAUCCAGGUGCUGUACAAAGACAACGACAAGUGGUGGUUCGGGCGCCUGGUCAGCGGGCGGCAGGGAUAUUUUCUUGCUUCUUAUGUAGCAGAUCAGAGAGAUUUCAGCGAAGAGGUUACUCAGUCCGUAGAGGCACAAACAGCCGUGUCUGAGGGGACUGUUGAGAGGUCCACACCAACCAGGGUAUCUGCUGCAAUUAGUUCUUCUGGGGAACUUAGGUUUCUUUCUGAGCCGACCCUUUCUGACACCGAACCUGAGUUGACUGAUGCCAAAGCUAGAAGGAAAAAGAAGGUGAAAAAGCCAGGAGUCCCUGCACUGUCUUCUCAGGCCACAUUUUCAGAUGCAGAUGCUUCGGGGUCGACCAGCAGCAGGAGGAGCGGCAGAUCAACGAAUAGACCUCUCCCGAAGAGACCGACGGGCCGGACUAACGGUGCCUUCGAGCCUGAAACAUAAACUCAUGGACACAUGAUUGUUUUGAAUCUGAGUGAUUUCAUCUUUCUUCCUUUUUUUUAUUAAUUUUUUUAAUGAAAACCAAGCUUGCUCUGUUUAUUUUCUCCUGUUUGAACAUUUUUUUUUACUAUUUGAACAGUCAGUAUGUUUAUAUUCUGUAUUUUACUUUCAUACAGGUAGAUCAACGAAAUGUUAAAUUUUGUUUAUAAAAAAAAAUUCACAUCAAGAAUUGCAAGAAUCUAAGAAUUCUUUUAUAUGUUUUACAUUUUAAAAUUAUUUAUCUAUGUAAACUAAUUGACUAUUGUGUCAAUAAUUUAUAAUAAUAAUGUAAUUUUUACUGACAAUAUAGGAAACAAAAUUUCAGUAAUAUUGUAGUU